UAGUGAGGCAGGCGUGAAGGGGGCGAGCGCGCGAGGGGACUCGCGGUCCUGAGAUAGCGACGGGCACGAGGCGGUUAUCCACUUUCCUUUUCGGCAAGAACGGAAGCCGGCGGCGCCAUUGUACCUGCUCCGUCCUCAGGGAGCGAGAAAGAGCCAUUCCGACUGAGCUCGCCCCUGAGAGAAGCGACCGCGGCGUCGGGUUCGACAUCCUCUAGGCCGCGGUGGGCGGGGCUUACUCGGACUUGGCCGGCCCUCCCGGGCCCCGCGCGCUUUCAGGAUGUCGGCACAGGCCCAAAUGCGCGCGAUGCUGGAUCAGCUCAUGGGCACCUCCCGGGACGGUUCAAUGUAUCUAUGCCUGCCUACUUCAUUCUGCAAGGGAGUGUCAGAAAGGCCCCGCAUUCGCCGAGCCGGGAUACUACCCGUCAGCGAAUCAAAUUCAGUGAUGACAGAGUAUGCAAAAGUCAUCUUCUCAGCUGCUGCCCUCAUGAUGUCCUCUCUGGAACAAGGAUGGAUCUUGGAGAAUGUCUGAAGGUGCAUGACUUAGCAUUAAGAGCAGAUUAUGAAAUCGCAUCCAAAGAACAAGACUUUUUCUUUGAGCUUGAUGCAAUGGAUCAUCUACAGUCGUUUAUUGCUGACUGUGAUAGAAGAACUGAAGUGGCAAAGAAAAGACUGGCAGAAACCCAAGAAGAGAUCAGUGCUGAAGUUGCAGCCAAAGCUGAACGAGUCCAUGAAUUGAAUGAGGAAAUUGGGAAGCUGCUUGCCAAAGUAGAACAACUUGGAGCUGAUGGAAAUGUAGAAGAGUCACAGAAAGUAAUGGAUGAAGUGGAGAAAGCUAGGGCAAAGAAGAGAGAAGCAGAGGAGGUAUACAGGAAUUCCAUGCCUGCUUCCAGCUUCCAACAACAGAAGCUUCGGGUCUGUGAAGUGUGCUCAGCUUAUCUUGGUCUACAUGAUAAUGACAGGCGGCUUGCUGAUCACUUUGGAGGAAAAUUGCACUUGGGUUUUAUUGAAAUAAGAGAGAAGCUUGAAGAACUUAGGAGAAUUGUGGCUGACAAGCAGGAGAAACGAAAUCAGGAACGUCUAAAACGAAGAGAAGAAAGGGAGAGAGAAGAAAGGGAGAAGCUAAGGAGAUCUCGAUCCCAUAGCAAGAACCCCAAAAGAUCUAGAUCCCGAGAUCGCCGCAGACAUCGAUCUCGUUCCUCCUCACGUGAACGAAAGAAAAGAACUCGCUCCAGGUCCCGUGAGAAACGUCACCGUCACAGGUCUCGCUCUACCAGUCGCAGCAGGAGCCGCAGCCACCAGAGGAGCAGGCAUAGUUCCAGGGACAAGAGCAGAGAACGCAGUUCUAAAAAAGGGCCUUCAAAAGAAAGAUCUUCCAGAGAUCAAGAACGAUCAAGAGACCGCAACAGAACAUCACGUGACAAAGAAAGGAGCCCCACCAGAGAAAAGUCACCUAGAGACCGAGACUGCAAAGACAGGAAGCGUUCCUAUGAAAGUGCUAAUGGCCGAUCAGAAGACAGGAGAAGCUCAGAGGAACGUGAAGCAGGGGAAAUAUAACUGGCUGUACAUUCACUUGAUCCUUUAGCUUCCUAUGGAGUUGCAUACUGUGGUUUAGUUUACAGUUAUUCAAAGGGACACCAAUGAGCAGUUCCACACACUGAUCCAACUAGGUUAGAUGAUGUACAGUGUAUAAAAAUGGUUAUAAUGAAGCCUGAAUUCACCCCUUUCAAUUGAUGACAGCUAAAGCAGUGUCCUUCCCCCC